AUGUAUGUGAAAUGGUUUGAUACGGGAAUGUUAUACUAUGUGAUUUUAGUGUAUUUAGUGAAUGUCACUUUUUGUCAUUUUCAAAUUUCCUGCCGAUUCCAUCCCCCGUACAUCCCGACGUCGCAGGGAACGGAACCCAGAUGACAGAUGCCGGCAUCGGCGGAGGACAUUGCCGGGGACACUGCAGGAGGGACAUCGCGGGAGCGCAGGACAAGGUAAGUGAUCGAGGGAUCCCGGAGCAGCGCCGCACGGUAUUCCCGAGUGUAGCUCAGGGUUACCGCUUCUGGUACUGAAACUUUACCCCGAGCUACACUCGGGAAUACCGCCAGGGGGCUUAAAAAUCUCUAAUUUAAAGUUUUAAUUUCUUUGAGUUAAUUCAUG